GAGUGGAAGGGGGAGGGAACAUGGGAGACAGCCCUAGCGGCGCAGUGGGAGGACUAACCCAUGCCAGGACUUGUGGCGGCUGCAGGGGCAGCCUGGACUAGAGGAAGUGUGCUGAGGGGACUGAACAGUUACAGCAGAAGCAGCAGCAGUUUCUAGAUCCGAGCAAAGGCUUCCAUUUUUAUCACCGACAGCCAGAGAAAAGGCCGAGGGGACGACACUGGGUCCAGUUGGGACAACGUGAGCUCGGCUGCGAUCGACCUGAGAGCAGAUUCCAGCAGAGGAAAAUGAGCCUCUCGGUUGCAUUAAGCCUGUAUGACGGGCUGAGGGCUCUUUGAUCAGGACAUCUUUUCUUUUUUCUCUUUCAGCGGCUUUGACCGAAAGGAAACAGAAGAGGCAAAAAAGAAAAAAGAAGAAUCAAAGUACUCGCUUUCAGUUUAAAAAAGGAAGUCCCAAGAUUCAGGAUGGAGGAGGGAUAUGAACUCGACCUCACAUAUAUCACAGAACGUAUCAUCGCUGUGUCCUUCCCCCGGGGCUCCUCAGAGGAGAACUACUCUCACAAUCUGAAGGAUGUCACACGAAUGCUCAAGUCCAAGCAUGCGGAUAAUUACCUGAUUAUCAACCUGUCAGAGAAAAGACAUGAUCUCUCUAAAAUGAACCCCAAGACCCUGGAUACAGGCUGGCCUGACAUGCAUGCUCCACCUCUGGAUAAGAUCUGCACCAUCUGUAAGGCCAUGGAGAGCUGGCUCAAUGCUGACCCUCUUCACGUAGUGGUGAUACACUGCAGGGGUGGCAAAGGUCGAAUUGGGGUCGUCAUUUCAUCAUUUGUGCAUUUCACCGACAUAUCAGCCAGUGCUGAUCAGGCGUUGGACCGUUUCGCCAUGAGGAAAUACCAUGAUGAUAAGGUCUCAGCUCUGAUGACACCUUCGCAGAAACGGUAUGUUUGGAUACUCAACAGUCUUUUAAGUGGAUCCAUGAAGAUCAACGCCUCACCCUUGUUCCUGCACUGCGUCAUCCUUCAUGGGAUACCAAACUUCGACGCCGCAGGAGUAUGUCGUCCGUACAUCAAGGUUUACCAGGGUAUGCAAGCAGUGUAUUCAUCUGGGAUCUAUCACAUUGGUCCAGGCCACAGGGACCGCAUAUGCAUCACCCUGGAGCCUGCCCAACUUCUAAAAGGAGACAUCAUGAUUAAAUGCUAUCACAAGAGUGACUUAACUUCGGAACGUGAAGUUAUUUUCCGGCUGCAGUUCCACACGGGAGCAGUGCAGGGCUACAACCUGAUGUUUGAAAAGGAGGACUUGGAAGUUGCCAACAAAGAUCCCAGAUUUGCAGAUUACGGUAAAGUGGAGCUGGUGUUCUCCGAGGGACCCGAGAAGAUCCCAGGUGCAGACAGGUGGCAAAACGGGGCGGAUGUUAUUGUGGACUACAACACAGCAGAUCCUCUAAUCCGCUGGGACUCCUACCAGAACAUCUGUGAUGGUGAAGCACCGCGCUCUCAAGGCCUAACCCAGGACAAAGCAUCUAAGAGGACCCCCAGCGGAGGAGAGGCCACACUGGGCCGAGGGGCCCGCACGACCUCCGCCACCUCCAGCCCCGACCACAGUGACCACGCCCUCUCUGUCAGCAGUGACUCAGGCCUGUCUAGCACUUCUCUGUGGGCAGACAGACCCACACCUGUCGUCACUGCAACCGCCACCACCAUCACCACCAUCAAGCCUAACCAGGGCCCCAGCCAACAGGAAAAGGUCCAGCUGAAGCGCCUUUUAAGUGGCUUUGGUCUUGAGGAUCCCUCAGUGGAGGAGAUGGAUGAUCAAGGCCCCGGAGUGGGCAUCCAGCAGAUAGUCCCAGCCCAAGUGCACAUCAACGGAGAUCCCAGACCACGAGAGAGGGAAACAGACAUCCUGGAUGAUGAGGUCAAUACAGGUCACGAUCUGCACAGCGUGGACAGUUUAGGGACCUUGUCGUCCUCGUGCCACAAGAGCAGCCAGAACUCACUUCUCUCUGAUGGCUUUGGGAGUCCCGGAGGAGAGGAUCAGCAAAUCCAAAGCCAGCACCACCUCCACCAUCCUGCACCCCCUCCCAUGGAGGAAUAUGAGAGGGUCUAUACUGAGGCUAGAAGGGGCUGUCUAAGCUCCAGGAGCAACUCUGUGGCCUCUUCUAAUCCCAGCAAUGCUUCGGUGCCCAAGCAGCAUGUCUACAGACAGGGAAGCUAUUCCACACAGUCCUGGGUUCGCCAGCAACAGAUGGUGGCUGCACAACAGUUUAUCUACAUGCCUGAGGAUGGAAGCGAUACAGAAAGAUACCCAGGGAACAAGCAAGGGAGCGGUUUACCCAAAGCAGGUCUGUCCACUGAACCACAGGGCCCUGCUAGGGAAAUGACAACAGAUGUUCUGAGAAAUACAGCGCCACACAAGGAGCAGGCAAUGCUAAACAAUAACAACAACAACAAACGCGAUGAGGAGUUCAAAUCUCUCACCAUGGACAUUGACAACUCCAUUGACCAGCUCAACCAGCUGAUCAUGGACCUGGACCCCACAUUUGUGCCGGUGUCUAACCGCAGCAGCUCCGUGAAAAGGAACGGUGGGACACAUGUGAACGGCUCAGGUCCCAAAUGCUCAAACGGCACCAGUCUUACCUUCAGUGAUAAUAAUGCAGUGACCCUGAAAAACGCACAGCAGACAGCUGUCCCGACCAGCGAGGGGCGGGCGGAUGUCACGCGGAGUCUGGGUCGCCAAGGAAGUGAUGUCAUGGAUCAUCCAGGCUUCUGUAACUCAGUGUGGGGUGGGACGGAGGAUUACAGGGGCCAGCGGACAUACUCCUCCUGUGUGCCAGAGUCCCAGCAUCACAUGUUGUACAGGAGUGACAGUGCUGACUACAGGGCCCAGGGCCCAGACAUGGACAGCGGAGUCGAGGCUAGGAGUGAUAUGACUCCACCCACUCCUGCCUUCCCCAUCACUCCGCCAACACCUUAUGUGAAAAAUAUGUCGGAAUUGACCCACUUCAGGCAAACACUGUCUCCUAGCAUGCCAUCUUAUGGGGGCUACAGAACAGAUCAUGAACCCCGAGGAUACUCAGAGAUGAUCAGUCAUGUUGGAGUUGACGGGUUGCCAGAGUCCUCCAUCAACUGCCACAGGACGCUAAGUGCCACACACUCUGCCUCUAUUGUUGGGACUCUUCAGCAGACAGACAGUUCAUCCAUGAGCCAGUCUUGGCCAGAACAUCCCGUCCUGAGUCGCCAGUGCUCUCUGAGCAGCUACACCUCUUCCAGACAACCACUGCAGCAUUCCAUGUCACUGGACUAUGGCCACCACUCUCCUCCCCUGCACCAUCCCCACAUCCACCCUGCCCCCAACGCCCACAGCUCUCCUCGAAGCAGCCAACGAAGCCGCUUGGCUCGAUACGCUCUCAGCCGCAGUCCCGCACCAAGCUUUGACGAGCAGGAUGACUCGGGUCUCAGCUAUGGCACGGACUGCCCAAACUCAAAUGGGGGCAUGGACAGGGAACUUUUGACCACCAUAGACAGGCAAAAUCAGUCACAGCUGCCACAGAUGCAGCCUCCACUUCUGCCUGAGAAGAAGAGGGCAUCAGAUGGGGAGCAUUCACUGGGAACAACAUCUCCACCCCUUAGUGGCUUCUCAAGUCCCCACAGUGGGAGCUCCCUGAGUAUUCCGUUCCCCAACAUUUUGCCUGACCUCUCGGCUCAGAUGCCAGGCACGGCCUCACCUCUGCCAGAUGUACUGGCCAGCAAGCAGGUUACUGUAAAAUUUGUGCAGGACACAUCAAAAUUCUGGUACAAGCCAGAUAUCUCAAGGGAUCAAGCCAUUUCAGUCCUGAAGGACAAGGAGCCUGGUUGCUUCAUCGUGCGGGACAGCCAUUCCUUCAGAGGGGCUUAUGGACUGGCAAUGAAGGUGGCUACUCCCCCACCCUCAGUUCUCCAACAGACUAAGAAAGGAGGCGAUCUAUCCAAUGAAUUAGUUCGCCACUUCCUGAUUGAGUGUACUCAGAAAGGAGUGCGAUUGAAGGGUUGCCCCAAUGAGCCUUAUUUUGGAAGCUUAACUGCACUGGUCUGCCAACAUUCAAUCACUCCCUUGGCCUUGCCCUGCAAACUCAUCAUACCUGACAGAGAUCCUCUUGAAGAUGUUGUGGAGACUACCUCACAGUCAGUCACCAACUCUGCUGCUGAGCUGCUAAAACAGGGCGCAGCGUGUAAUGUGUGGUACCUUUGCUCCGUGGAGAUGGAGUCGCUAACAGGAGUCCAGGCGGUGCAGAAAGCAACUAGUAUCACUCUGAGCUCAAACCCUCCACCAUCCUCCACGGUAGUCCACUUCAAGGUGUCCUCCCAGGGAAUCACCCUCACUGACAACCAGAGGAAGCUCUUCUUCAGGAGGCACUACAAUGUCAACACGGUCAUAUUUUGUGCAUUGGACCCUCAAGAUAGAAAGUGGAAAAAAGAUGGCUGCCCUUCAGCAAAGAUCUUUGGCUUUGUGGCAAGGAAAACUGGCACUUCCACGGACAACGUAUGUCACCUGUUUGCAGAGCAUGACCCCGAGCAGCCAGCAAGCGCCAUCGUCAACUUCGUUUCCAAGGUGAUGAUUGGCUCGCAGAAGAGUAAGUAGGACAGCCUCGGACUGAGCUGAUCACCUGGACAGGCUUUCACAGAGAGUAGAAUAAAAGGAAGAAAGACUGAAAGGUUGAACGGAUGGCAAAAUAUAAGGACUGAAGGUGAUACUGACUUUUGAUAUUAACUGGAUGUUACAUACAUAAUGACCACUUAGGACUUUGAAUAACCAUUUUUAAUAUUAAAAAAAAUCUAAAUCUCCUUCAGUUAUGUUGUUUUUCUUUUCUGUAAAAUGAACUGUAAAGUAGCCAGUAAGAAAUCAACAAAAUAAUGAGAAAUGUGUAAUCUCUUUUUACUGGUUGACAACUGUAACGUCUUACACAGUUAAAUAACAUAUUUUUAAGUUACAUAACACAAAGGCUGUUUUUCUUAGUCCUGCAGUUCUCUGGACGAAUCAAGAAAACUUUACUUUGUUGCAUGUCAUUUUUUUUCUAAUAUUUAACCAAAACAAACUUCAUUAAAGCUAUUAAAAGUCUAUAAAGGUUGUAGCACAUAUAGAAGCACAUCUGGGCUGCAUCUGUCCAUGAAGCAUGCAGUAUUUUGGAGUUAAAAUGUUGAAAAGCAGUGCAGAAAAUGUGUAUAAUUUGGACUGGAAGACAGGAAAUGUCACGUACAGGAUUACCUUAUUUUAUCUAUGCAAUGUAAAGUUUUAUUUUUUUAAACCACAGCCUUCUGUACAUGUGCAGCAUGUAUGUGGCUCCUCGGAAUUUGUUCAGUUCUUAAGGUGUAUGUGUAUAUGACCACUCUUAAAGCUGCCUGCAACAUUUUUGAUGAACGUGUGCGAGUGUGUGUGUUGAAAUGAGAGAUGCCAUAGAAAAUAAUUUAAUUAAACCCUAAUAUAUUGACUUGCUAUGGUUAAAAACACAGUACUUUGAGUAAAUAAUACAAGUGGCAUACUACUCAGCUGCCAAUUUUUUUACUUUAUUUCUUCCUCUUUUGUGGGGAGGGGGGGGGGCUCGUGGCCACAAACAGCACUGCAGUGUUUCAGUAUCAAAAAUGCAUCAGUAUCCUCGAUUUUGUAUAUGAAUUUAAAAGAAAAUGUUAAAGGCUGCUAUAUGGAGAGAUCAAAUGCUGUCAGAACAGCGUUGCUCUUUUACCAGUUCUUACUAGGAAGAAAAUCACUCAGAGUUGGAAUUGCACAAAUAAAUCUUGGUUAUGACAUAUCAUCCCGUUAGUCAUCUGUCAGUUACAUAAUACAAUGUUACCUGCUCUGCGACAAACAUAAAGCUGUUUUAUUACCCCAGUUGAGUGCUUGUUGGCAUCGUGUGUGACAUGAUGUCGGUAAAUCUUCAACUUUUUGUUUUGUGCAGCCAUUUUAUCCAGAGAGGGACCUUCCACCACAGUACAGCUCUGUUGAUAUUCUUACACUGACUAUGUACACGUGUUACCUUAUUAUGACCUAUUAUCUGUACCUCAUAUCUUAUACUGUGCCUCUGUGUAUGACAUGCUAUGUGUGAACAGUUUAUUUGUAUAUUGAUAUGGCAUUGUUUGAUGUGUUCUGUAAAUAAACAGACUGAAACAUUUA